AUGCUUCGCGAUACCUCGAUUGACAGCAGCACCGAGACUUUCGGUGCACAUGCUAUGCCGUUUGGAGAUGGUCGUCACCGCCUACUUGUGGUUGCAUGUGGGUUUAAUUCAAGUUUUAGAAUGGGUAGCAGACGCCGCGGUGCGGUUGAAUUUGAGAUGGUAUGGCAUGAUUAUGUGGAGGAGGCGAUGGCGAGAGUCAUUGCCAACAAGCCCAGGGAAAGAAUCAAGGAGCACGGUGGCGGCCUCAGGUCACCUUGGCCCGACCCGAGCGGGCGAGCGCGAGCUAUUAGGUACGUAAAAAUUAAACAGUUGGGGGCUGGUAGCUUUGGCCACGUGUUUAAAGCUAUAAAUGUCGACACCGGCCAACUUAUGGCAAUAAAACAAUUGAAAGCAAGUACCCAAGUAACGGGGAGGCCGAUGGUCUUGAAUGAUGAACACUACCAAUCGUUCCAGCGUGAAUGUCAGGCUCUCGAGCAGUUGCGACAUAAACAUAUUGUCAAGUACCUUGGCUCUCAGGGAUUGGGCGGACCACAAGCGAGGUUAUUUAUGGGCUUGAAUGAUGGUGACCUACGAUCAUUAAUAUUGGUGCACAAGACCAAGCCUAAGAACAUUUAUCAGAUAUUUGCUUGCACAGAUUCUCCAGGGGAAGUCUUAACAUCGACAACAAUUUCGAUCUGCUCCUCCUCAAGAAGCGUUGAACACUCUCUCUACUUCGAGAAGUUCCACUCGAGCUUUCCGAAGUCGACGUCACCGAGUUGGCUUGACCACCUCGCCUGUAAAGGUGUGAUCCAUCGGGACCUCACCCCGUCAAACAUCUUUUACAAACUUCGGCCUGAUGGCCUGAUACUCUUCCAAAUCACAGACUUUGGACUUGUAGGCUCAGUUGGUUCAGCUAGAAAUGUCUGGGGCACUUUGUCGUACACAGCACCCGAAACGGUGGCAGGGAAGCCGCAGACGUGCAAGGUAGACAUAUGGGCGUUUUUCGUCACGUUAAUGUGGGUGUUGGACGUGAACGGAUUUCGAGAGCAGGAGGUCCAGGUGAAGUGGGCAGAAGAGGCGCAACGGUUGGUGGCAUUGGGAUACAUGAGCCCAUUGUUGACAAGGGUAUGAGAAAUGGCGGCCCCCAGUCCGCUGCAGAGGGCUUCGGCGGCACAGAUGCUUGUCAAGCUAUCUAACGGCAAGGGACUUACGACUCCCGCCUGCCUGCUCAAGCCGAUACGCAUCUACGAUCCAUGGAAUUCGCGUAUUGUUGGCUUGCCAUAAGCCAUUCGCUUGAGGGUCGCGCUCGUGUUAUGCUGGAUCAUGCAAGGAAAAAGACAAUCGGUUUUCCCGACCUGUUGGGAGAAGACCGCUCCUUUGAAAGUCUAGGUGUAUAUUAUUCUAUUUAUUACGGAGUCCUCCAUUUAUUUAUGACCUAAGGAGUACCUAUGUAUGUGGUGAGAUUUCCCGGCUGGCAAAGUCUAUUGGAGAAGGAUCGGAAAGGUGACACGGGCUGUGCGCAUCCGACAAAGUUGCAAGUGCUCCAUCAACCCUAAAUGAAUUCCCUGGGGGAUAACCAAGAGAGACAAGCUUAUGGAUCUGCGAAUGGUAUUAUAAAAAAGACAUGGUGAAUUACAAAUGUGUUCACUUGGCGGUUUCAUAAAUGGUAAUCAUCACCAGGCGGUGGGCGGGUUUGCAUUUGUCAAUCUCCCUUCUGAGUUAAAUGCAUAGUUAGUCUUGUCUUACGUGUUGACAUAAAUGGACCCAUCUGCAUCGCCAG